AUGACGGAGAUACUGAGCCUACAUAGAGUGCCUGUAUCUAUCAUUUCUGAUAGAGACACUCGUUUCAAUUCAAAGUUUUGGAAAGGACUUCAGUUUGCCUUGGGCAUGAGUUAUCAGGCUACCAUUGGCAUGAUACCGUUUGAGGCCAUGUAUGGUAGGUGUUGUAGGUCUCUUUAUAAGGAGUUAGGUCGUUAUAUCGAGUUUGAGGUGGGAGACAUGGUUUUUCUGAAGGUAGUACCUAUGAGGGGUGUCUUAAGGUUCAAAAGAAAAGGGAAGCUAAGUCCACGUUUUGUAGGACCAUUUGAGAUACUUAAGCGAAUUAGCCCCGUAGCUUAUCGUUUGGCGUUGUCUCCAUCGUUUUUUGUAGUUCAUGAUGUGUUUCACGUUUCAAUGCUGAGGAAGUAUGUAGCAGACCCGAUGCAUGUAGUUGACUUUGAACCAUUGCAGAUUAAUGAGAACUUGAGUUAUGAGGAGCAACCCGUUGAGAUUUUGGCAAGAGAGGUCAAGAUGCUUCGUAAUAGACGAAUUGCACUAGUUAAAGCUUUUUGGCGGAACCACGGAGCUGAAAAGGCCACAUGGGAGAGAGAGGACGACAUGAGAGCUUAG